UGUCCUAGAUUGCAACCUGAUGGCAUCAGAGCAUAACCGGAAGAUAUAUAUCUGUCGCUAUCUCAAAAUCUGAGGAAGAAUCCAAGGGGAAUAUUUCUCUCAGGUGUCUUUAUCUUGAGUCUCUGAUGCUCAGAGCCACCUUUUCCUCAGCAUUACAAGAAUUCAGGGAAGGAAAGGAAUUUUCCUGCUUAAAGCACUUGUGGAGUUUGGGAUGUAAAACCUGGGGUCACAUACCACAACCAGAAUUCUUGGAAGAAAUAAAGCAAGUUUUUCUAGGAGCUAAAAAUGGUUUGAAAAAUCUAAUGAGAGGGUAACUAGGUAGCUCAGUGGAUAGAGAGCGAGGCCUAGGGGCAAGAGGUCCCAGAUUCAAAUCUGGCUCAGACACUUCCUAGCAAUGUGACCCUGAGCAAUUCAGUUAAUCCCAACUGUCUAGCCUUUAACACUUUUCUGCCUUGGAACCAAUACUUAGUACCAAUUCUAAGAAAGAAAUUAAGGGGGUUUAUUUAAUCAAAUGAGAGUGGUAGAAGAAAUAUUGGAAAAUAAAUCAGAGUUGGGUAAGAAAAAUAUGAAGAGAAUUAAUAUCUUGGAACAAGAAAUUCAAAAUCUUAUAGAAGAAAAUAAUCCCAGUGCUAAGUAGAGUGACUGACAUAUAGAGAAUGAAAAAUAAUUGCUUAUUGAUAUACUAACUCGAAGGGAUAAGAAAAAAAUCCAUUUUUCUCCUAGGUUGGAAGUCAAUAUAAGGAAGGAGAGAACUAUGCUUAGAGGAGUAAUUGUUGAGGGUCCAGGACCAAAUGAAUUCAUAAUUGUGCCCAAAGAAUGGAGUAUGUGAUUGUGUAUAUAGUAUAACUCCUACACUCAAAUAUCAACAUCACUUACUAACAAUCUACAAACUGUUCUUAAUAGAUGGAGAGAGUUGUUCCUGGAUUUUAAGAUAAAGUUAAAAGGAAAGGUAGAUGUGUUAGGUUUAUAAUGGGUAUCCAUUGCCAUACAGAGGAUAAGAUAAGUUCAUUGCUUUACAAUGUGAUUCUUAUCUUCUCCAGUGAAGACCUAUUGGUUAUAGACACCAAUAGAUGGAAACCAAGAUAUUGAUCCCUCUCAAUAGGAAGGUAUGAGGAGAAAACAAACGUCCAAAAGAUCUAAACCUAUGCAAUGGUGAAUAUAGACCAAGGUUUUGCAAUUAAAUUUUGCCCUUUUUUAAACCUUCCUCCUUUCCCUGAAUUACUAAUUAAAUCUGUAGAUAAAAUGCAAAUCCUAUUUUUUUUUAAAAACCCUUACCUUUACCCUUAGAAUCAAUACUAAGUAUUGGUUACAAGGCAGAAGAGCAAUAAGGAUAGGAAACUGGGAUUAAGUGACUUGCCUAGGGUCACACAGCUAGAAAGUGUCUGAAGCCAGAUUCAAACCCAGGAGCUCUCAUUUCUAAAUUUGGCAAAGAAUUAAAAUUGAUGAUCAUGCUCAUCAUUUGUGGCAUGGCUAUACAUAAUAAAUGGCUGAACAUGACAUUAUGGUAUAUUAUCUGGGAAUAUUCUUGCACAAUAAGAAAUGAGGAAGAAGAUGGUUUCAGAGAAACCUGGGAACAUUCAUAUAUAAAGCGAUGUAGAGUGAAGUGAGAACUAGAAAAACAAUUUAUAUAACAACAAAAUUGCAAAGGCAAUUUAGAAGACAAAGAACUUCUGAUCAGCACAAUGACCAGCCACAAUUCUAGAAAGAAAAAGGAUGGCCUCAGAAGAUGCAAAUUGAGACCUUAUUUUAAAAACUAUGCUCAAUGGGGGAAUUUGUUUUGCUUGACUAUAUGUGUUUCAAAGAAGGGUUUUGUUUUUUCCUUCUUCCUUCCUUCCUUUCUUUUUUCUUCCUUCCUUCCUUUCUUUCUUAAUGGGGAGAAGUGGUGGGAAAGGAAGGGAGUAUUUUCAUUGAUUGAAAAAAUAAAAUUCACUUAAAAAAAUCUCCAUAGUAGUUUAGUGAAGUUCUAGGAAGUAGUGUUUAGGGGAAGUUGAGGAUUAACAUAACCAUCCAGGGUUAUGUUAUGAGACAUCAAUGUCUCAGAAUUUGCCUGCCUAGUUACAUUCUCAGAAUCUUUUAGCCUUUGGGAGCCCUAGAAAGGCAGAAAUGUUGAAGCAGGGGGCAGCUGGGUAGCUCAGUGGAUUGAGAGCCAGGCCUGGAGACGGGAAGUCCUAGGUUCAAAUCCGACCUCAGACACAUCCCAGCUGUGUGACCCUGGGCAAGUCACUUGACCCCCAUUGCCUAGCCCUUACCACUCUUCUGCCUUGGAGCCAAUACACGGUAUUGACUCCAAGACAGAAGGUAAGGGUUUAUUUAAAAAAAAAAAAGAAAGAAAUGUUGAAGCAAAUUCCCUCAAGGAAUCUAAAAUGUAAAUUAGAUUAUAGAAUUAAUGAAAAUCUCCUAACCCAGAAUAAGUAGCUUUUAACCUGGAUUCUAACUAUGACUAAGGACCUGUUCAAAUCCCUCCUUGCCCUUCUGACCCUUCCAAUAAAACACUACCCUUCAGUUCUAUCAAACUGCUCCUUCCUCUCAAUGCUAUGCUCAACCUCAAUAAUUCAGGAUAUCUCUUGAGAGCCUGUGGAUGAGUACCAUAAUUUACUGCAGCACCCCAACCCCACAAAUAAAAAUGAGCUAUCUCAUUCUUUCUCCCUAGCAUCCCAUGUCCAAACAAGAUAGAUGGAAGGAAGUGUUAAAGGCAAAUUUCUCUCCCCUACACUACAAUGACCUCCUACUUUGAUAAAACAAAAUUUAUACUUCCCUUUUUCCUCCACUUCUUGUCUCCCCCUUUUUGGAGUGACUAGGGUUUUUGUUUGUUUGUUUGAGGGUCAGUUUAGGGUAAGGAAUAGGAUCUGAAGAGGGAUACAAAAAAAAAAAGCUAGAUCUAGAUCUGGGGCAGGGGGUGAAACUGGGCCAUGGGCAGGGUUAAGCUAAAGCCUGGUCUAAAUUCAGAUUUGGAAAUAGGGUUGAAGCUGGAUUCAAACUAUCUAGUCAGAGCUGUGCAUCUGACAGUUCCAUAACUAGAAAGCAGUUUCCUCCCCAAACCCACCCCUUCAAUGCCAUAAAGAAUGCUAUAAGGCAGUCGCUCCGGAGUUGGGUUCUGUUUCUAUCCAGAGACUUUGGAGAGCUCAGAGAGGUCAGAGAAAUAAAUAUGGGAAGAAGGAAAGAGAAAGGGAAGUGGAAUGACCUAUAGGGUGAGGGGGAUGGACUGCAGCCCAGAAUUCAGAACAGACAACUAGAAAGGAUCCUCCCUCUUCCCUUGUCUCACUUUUUUCUUUCUGUUUCUGGAUCUGAAAUACCCAUCAUGAUGGCCCCUGCAGGAUCAGUCACAAAGAAGAGCUAAGGCAGCAAAGCCAUCUUCCUCUGACAAAGAGAUCUCCCCACAGAGAAACAUCUUCCCUCCACCCCCCACAACCAAGAUGUCAAAAGGAUUGACAGGCAGAACAAGUGGUCUGGAAACCUGCACCAGAUAGCAGAAGUUGCAACCAUCCAUGGACUCUUGACAUAAAAUGUGCUCUGGUAUUGUUGGACCUCUCUGCAUUUGGGAAGGGCAUUCAUAACCUUGUCCUAAGUUUCUCCUUCCACUGCAGAUGCUGCCUUUGGAAUCAUCACAGGGUGAAGAAACCCAUGGAAUUUACAUGACUUAUCAAGGAUCACACACCUAAUUUAGGUCACAGGUGUGAUGGAUUUAAGCAGGCUCUUGUGCCAUUUAUUCAGUUUUCUUAUCUCCAUUCUUCUCCUUGAGAUACCCACAUUGGCCUCAGGGAAGUUCUCAGUGAUUGGACCUACAGAACCCAUCCAGGUCUCAGUGGGGGAAGUUGCAGAGUUGCCAUGUCACCUCUCUCCAACACAAAGCGCAGAGCACAUGGAGGUGGUCUGGUUCCAAUCCACUCGCCUGGUACAUCUUUAUCGAGAUGGGGAAGAUCACCUUAGAGACCAGGACCAGGAUUACAAAGAGAGGACAGAACUAGUGAAAGACUCUCUUGCUAGUGGAAAUGUCACUCUGAAGAUACGGGAUGCAAGACUCUUAGAUGAAGGAAAUUACAAGUGUCAUUUUGAAGAUGAUUUUCAUCUAGAGGAAGCUGAUGUGAUGCUAAGAGUCUCAGGUGAAGAAGCUAAGCCAGUGUUGGUUUCCUGGAUGAUCGUUUUUAUUGUAUACAUCACUGCCUUCUGGGUGCUCACUUUAAGCUUUUUUGUGUGGAUCAUCCUGCGAUACCAAGAACACCUUACCCAGACCGGUCCCUGGCUGUGGGAAAUAAAUGGCAUCCUGGUUGUGACUUGGUCAUAUGAAAUUGGAAUUGCCAUGUAUUUUCUGUGGAUCCUACUACGAUGCCAAGGGUUUUCUCACACAGAAGAAUCUGACAAGCUGGACUGGAUGGACUGGGUGGCCUUUCUGAUUUCACUUUUUCUGCCAUGGAGAAUGACUGUGACUCUUCUUACCCUGUUCAAAGGACUGUGCUGCUGUAAAAUCAAAGGUUGCUGUGAACUAUCUGAGAGAAACCCCAGGACCAGCCCAAAUAACCUGUGAUCCAAUAACUGACUGUGGGACCACAUGAACAGCCUUAGAAGAUGGUCUCUGACCCUGAAGAGACUGAAAAGUCCCUUCCCAUGUGCUCCCUUGAUAACAUGGCAGGCAGUCAACAAAACAAUUUUGAGGUACUCCCUACACCCACCAGACCGACUAACAUGACAGAAAAGGAAAAUGAAAAAUGCAGGAGGGGAUGUGGAAAAAUAGGGACAUUAAGGCACUGUUGAACUGGUCCAAUCAUUCUGUAGAACAAUUUGGAACUAUACCCAAGAAAUAUAAAACUUGGAAUAUCCUUUGACUUUGAAUAUACCAGAAAUACAACUACCAGGUCAGUGUCCCAAAGUGAUCAAAGAAAAAGGAAAAGAAUCUAUAUGUACAAAAGCUCUUUUAGUGGUGGCAAAUUCGAAAAUUGUGGAGAUACCCAUAAACCAGGGGAAUGGCUGAACAAAUUGUGGUACAUGAUUGUGAUGGAAUAUAAUUUUGACAUAAGAAAUGAUACACAGGCUGCUUUCAGAAAAACUUGGAAAGACUUAUAUGAACUGAUAAAAAGUGAAAUAAGCAGAACUAGGAGAAUAUUGUACACAGUAACAUCAAUAUUGUAAUGAUCCACUUAGUCUGAUCAAAACAGUGAUCCAAGGACUCAGUGUGAAAAGUGCUCUCCUACAUCCAGAGAGAGAACUUAUGAACUGUGUGCAUAUUAAAGCAUAUUUUUUCUUUUA